AUGCACACCCUAUUUUUUGAUGCCUGUGAUAUUAACACACAUUUGAAGAGUAUUAAUGAGUCAUCAUUAACCGAGACUGAAGCCACCAGAAGAAAGGCAAACGAUUUCGGAAAUAUUAAUAGAAGUAUUGGAAAUGUUUCUAUUAAAGGAUUUCAAACAAUAAGGAGAAUAGUAUGUUUGUCUGUACUGCUCUUUGUGGAAAUUCUUGGAUUUGAAAACGCUCUUGAAAAAACAAAUCAAGGUGGAACAUACUCUUCCUUCAAAGAAAGAGAAAUUGCUAUGAUAAAUGACAACCUCAAGACACUUAUUGAUGAACCUCACACGGCAGCCAUCAGAAUAUUUUGGGCAGCUUUCCUUCAUCUUACCCAAAAUAAUGUUUCACCACAAGUAAUUUAUGAUCUGGCUCAAAAAGGUAUUAAAGAAAAUGGAUUGGAAUUUAUUAGAAAAAUGUUUGACAGAGAUGAUAAUCCAUUUGUGGUAAAUAAUAAUAAUAUUGAGGGUUAUAGAACAGUGGUUUCAGGAGGAGUUUCAUGCAUCUACUUUUUAUUUAGAUUCCACAAAAUUCCAUAUCAAAUUUUGGAGCAAGUUUUUUCUGUAACUGAAAUAGUUAUACAACCAAAACCAUACUGUAUCGAGGAUCAAAAAUUAUCCAUGAUUUUUAACGAUCAAAUGUUACAGAAGCCAUAUAGCGAGCUGUUGACAUAUUUCAAAUUAGUAUUUCCUGCUAGGAAAGAAAUUCUUAGAUUAUUAUCUUUAAUGUGUUGUGAUAAUCAAAGUACAGUGAGCGUGAGAUCUAUUAUGGAGUCACAAGACACAUACUGUAUUGAGAUGACCCACACAGAGCUUAAGAGAAUAUGCGGACUGGACCAAUCAAAUUCAAAUGAAUGGGAAACAAAACAAACACCUUUAGUUACGAUAACAUCAGUUAGAGACGAGACUACUAAUGUAGUGAUUCCACCAAAUGUACAAUGCAUAGUUGUUAAUCAAACUGCAGAAACCUGCCUUGUAACUUUCAACUUUUCAAGCUAUAUUUGGAAACUCAUGUUUAGUCAAAUUAUUGAAGUGUUGCAAAAUUCUGUUUCUAUCAAUAAUCCACAUGUUCGUUCGACAAUGCACUAUUUUUUGAAUUUACUCUAUAGAGUCAUUAGUUUCAAAAUGCUUAACAUUGAAAAAUUAGAAAAAUACUUGAUUGAAUUGCUUUUAAGUAAGCAAAUUUAUUCAUCCAGAGACGAGAAGAGAGGAAUUGUACAACUUCUUUCACACUUAUUGAAGUAUUUCUCUGAUUUCCCACUUUCAAGCAUUCCUAUGGAAAUAGUAUUAUCAUGUUCUAAAUGUUUGCAUGCUCUUUCUGAAGUAUCUCCUGUGGAUACAGCAUGCCAAGUUUCUCUUUUGAUUCAAAAGUAUCAUUUUUCAAAUAUUUUGAGAGAAGAAUGUAUGAUUGGUAGAUAUGGUGCAACCCUAAGCUUACUGGACACAGUGUUGUCAUUGGCCAAAAAUCAUCCAGGACCAAUGGAUUCUGUCAUAGAAAUUCAACCUUUUAUUUGCAGCAACAUAUUUUCUGUUCAUGAUUCAUGGAGAUAUCAAAAAUUGGAAGAAAGAUGGUUGAUUGCUCUUAAGUGUCUUCAAAUUUUCAACCAAAUUGCUCAAGAUUCAUUGUGGGCUGAAAGAAAGUCUUCUCAAUCUCUUGUAGGAUGUGGUGGUAGACCACUUUUGAAUGCCUUCCUUCACGAUGGUAGUUUGUAUCAAGUUUUGUUCUCAUUGAUUGGCUUGGGUGGUACUUUUCUUGAGAAUAUCCUUCGUCAUGAAAAGACAGAUGAAGCAGCAACAGUUCAAAGUCUUAUUGUUGAAUCUCUCAAGUUGUUGGAUUCAAUCUUGAGAUUCAGACAAAUUGCCAAAGCAACAAAUAUUUCAACAUUUGAGGAUGUACUUUUCUCAAAGUUACUAGGAAAACAACAAGUGCCACUCAUUACUUCUAUUUUUGAAUUUAUUGAUCAUCCUAAUGCGCCAGAAAUUAGAAUUUUAGCAUGUAAGAUUAUUACCUUGAUUGCUCAACUCACUGAAGACUACAAUUCCAGACCUCCAUCCCUUGUUGGUUAUUUGGGUAACCAAUCUAGCUCUCUAGUUGGGCGUUGCUUGUACAGACUUCAGAGUGUUGGUGAAAGUGAUGAAUUGAAAAUUGCACUUCUUGAUUUAAUUUCAACAACAGUAGAAAUUCAAAGAGGUUUGGCUGACUUGUUCUUGACCUCAACACCAGCAAAGAUUAAAAUCAAGAAGGAGAAGAACGAUGAAGAGCUCGCCCCUGGAGGUGUUCUUGUUACAAUUUUAAAGAUUAUAGAAAAUACUGAAAAUUAUAUUGUAGAAAAGAGAACAAGUCUAGUAAGAAGUGCUUUGGCUGUCAUUCAAUCUAUUUUCCAAAAUGGAGAGAAUAGAUCCAAAAUUACAAAGAUUUUAAGAAAUGACAGCUAUUUCUGGAAAUCAAUGAAGAAUAUGUUUACCAUCUUUACCAAAGAUGAAUCCACUAGUAAGAAUAUUGAUAUCCUUAGAUCUAUUACUUCAGUUAUUGCUAUUUGCUCUGUCGAUAUGUACAAUCUCAGAAUAUUGAAACAAGACCAUAGUAUGGAAACUGAUAUUGAAAAGACUCUCUUUGAAAAGGACUCUAAAACAAUUCAAACUAUACUCAAGACUUCAAUUUCAUUCAUUAUGAACAAUAUUAACUACUUGUCUGGUCUUAUUCAAGAUAUUGAUAGACUUUCAAAGAGAGAUUCACAACAAUUGGGAAGAGAAAUUUUCUUCUCGGACUAUCUCCUUGAAAGAAAUACCAAGAAGGAUGUUCUGUAUGAUACAGAUAGAAUUGUGAGAUGGGAAACUGGUAUUAGUGCCGAGUUACUCGACUCUCUAUCAUUGCUAAAUCAAAAAAUUGCCGUAGAGGAAGCAUUUAUUGCUCUGCUUAAAUCCUUGCAUGCCUUGUUUUCUGUGAGCUUGGAAUCUCCUCUUCUCACAAGAGAGGAAUCAUCUGAAGAAUACUUUUUGAAUAUUAUUGAUAUUCUAGUUGUAGGACUCAAGAUUUCAGAAGGUGAUGCUAUGACCAAAUAUGUUUUCAACCCAACCAAUGAAUUCGGUCUCGAUCUUGAAGUUUAUGUUCCAUUGCCAAAACUUUUGGAUAACCUAUUGAAUACCUUCCACAUUGAAGUUGCUGCAAUGCUAGCCAAGCUAAUCCACAAAUUCAACGCCAAUUUCCCUCCAACAGAUUUGAUUGAAAAGCACAGCAGUUGGCUUUCUGACCAUUUAUCAAAGUUGACACAUUUAUUACAUACACAAGUUCAAAGAAAGAAGUCUAAUGCAACAAAAGAAAUUUUGGGUUGUCUCUUGAUGUACUUUGUUGAUUUGGAUGAAGCUAUUGGUGUCAGAACAUGUUCCAAACUCACUCCAAUACUUUUCCAAAUCUUGAAGACAUUUAACAGAUACGAGCAAUGCACAGAAUUGGCUAUUUCGAUUUUGGCUGUUUGUAUCAAAGUUACUAUCAAUGAAGAAUAUGGAAACUAUAUUUGCAGAGAACUAUGUGAAUGUUUGACCACUUUUGAUGGAGUUGACGAACAACAUUCUAAACACACCAUUAACGUUCUCAAUUUACUUUUGGCUUUCUCCACUACUCGAGCUGGAAGUUCAAUGAUGGUUGCCAACAAUAUCUUACAAAAGUUUUCUGGUUGUACAUUUUUAAGUUCUGGAUGUGGAAAAUAUGCAGGUCAGACCUACUUUGAAGGAGAAAGAACUUACUGGCAUACUGCUUGGAGAUAUAGCUUGAAGAUUAUCACUACUCUCUUGAAUUGUUACUAUGUUGCAACUCAACCUAAGAGAAAUAUGGCCAUGAUGGAUGAAGAUACAAACUAUGGUCAAUAUCAAUAUUUUGUUCAACAAGUUCAAGAUUUUUGUAAUACUCACAGAAAGAGAUUAGUUUUAGGUUUGGAUGAAUUAUGGGAUAAGAGACCUUUGACUUUUGCUCUUAUUGAAGAAGUUGAACUCAUUGGUAUGCUAGUGAAUGCACUUGCCAGAUCUCACAUUUUACCAAAUUUACCUUACCUUGUCCAAUCAUCUCUUGUAGCAACAGCCAAGUGCGUGAAUGCUGUUAAGCAUUUUAGAUUGAUUUUGUCUGCUGUUACCCCAAUCACACAACACGAAAGAAAACUCCACGAAAAGGACAAACAUUAUAUGGAAGAACUUCGUGCCUCCAGACCAACCUCAACAGGUACCAAGACUAGACGCCCUUUCAGAGAAAGAACAAACUAUGAAAACACCAUUCCUUACAAUUCUGAAGAGUCUCCAUUUAUUACCCAUGCUACAGAUGCUAUCAAGAAUCUUUAUCAAGGAAGAGAGAUGUUAAAUUGGAAUACUCAAAUAGAUUUGACAGUUUUUGGAACAUUACAAAGCUUGGUUGCAUCCAUUCGUUGUUUGACCAUUCUUCCUAGUGAUGAUGGAAUUGAACAACCUGUAGAGCCUGUUAUUGUUCUUUCAAUGCAAUCCAAUAGCCCUAAUAUUGAAACAAUCUUCAAAUGUGCUGAAGCUUGUGUUGAUACCCUAAAGAUUAUACCUUCGAGCAAAUAUAAUACUGAACUAAGCAACAACAAGACAGGAAAUGAGCUUGGCUCUUCAACUCCAACCGAGACACUCUCACCUUCAUUCAGCGCAACUACUGAAAGAAUGAGCAAAGAACAAGAGGCUAUGAUUAAGGCUAGACUUUUGGUGACACGUGUAGUGAACUUGUGA